CGAAUACUGUAAUAGCUGUAAUUGAAAAGCCUGUACUAAUCGAAGAUUUUGUUUACUUGCCACAGUUACAGUGGUACAGUCACAGUGCAAAACCAAAAUCAAAUUAAGGCCUAUCUGAAAUUGAUUAAAACUAGGAGACUCGGAUCUUCACACCUAUGUAUAGAGUGUUCAAAAAAUACUUAAAGUUUCUAUUACGAUAGUAUUACAAUCCAAAAUUUUGGUCCUUAGAUCAGCAAACCUAAAAGAAGAAAAAGCCAACACUGAACCAAGGAAAAACUGAAAGAAACAAAAUUAGGAAAUUAUGAUCUCAGAUUUAAUUUUAUUCGGGUAAGAAUAGUAGGUAAAUUUGGAGAGAUAACACCGUGGCCGCCAUCUUGGUUGCCGCGACCCCGCGAACUUAUGUCCUAAAUGUAUUCCUUAACCUAACCUGAACCCUAAAUCAAUCCCUAAACCUAACCUGGCCCCAAACUUACCCCUAACCUGGGUUUCGACCCUAUCGGAACCAGGGUUUUGACCCUAUCGGAACCAGGGUUUUGACCCUAUCGGAACCAGGUACUAAACAUGCAAAUGACGUCAGGGUGCUAUCUCUCCAAAUUAGCCAUUGUAUCUUUACUGUUACGUACAAAAUCUGUUUAAGGCAAUAAUGCUAAGUUAUUUGCUUCUAUAGACUAUAUGCCUACUGUUUUAAGUGAUUAAGUACUCAAUUGUGCCAUUGAGAAUGGUAUGCAGUUUACGCAGUGCUCUUGACUAGGUACUUUGGUAAACAAAUAUUUUUUUGUUAAAAUUUAAAAUAACGAAGUGGCUGCGUGCAACGCGGUGGUGUACCUAGCAAAAUCAUAGACCUACGCAUGCGUACACCGUGGCAAAAUUGUACCAUUGGUUUGGUUUUAAGAUAUGCCUGUUAGAUAAGAUCUUGUGUGGUCUUGUGGUAGACUAGACGCUAGGCAUUAUUAUAUUUUGUGAUGAAAUCCCAGAAGAGGAUCACAUUUUAUAUAUUUUUUCCAUUUUAAUUAAAAGUAUUUUUUAUUUUUAAAUUAUUAUGUUCAUUUGCAACAGUCAACAGUAGUUUCAUGAGAAUUUUAAAAAUAUUUUGUAGCAAUUUAAACAUUUUAAAUUUAUGUUAUAUUUUGAUUAUUAAGUGUUUAAGUUUAAACUUCAACAAGUUUUGCGGGCCUUUGACUUUGAAAAUACUGGUAAUAAGACCUUAGAAAACAAACUGAAAGUGCAUGUAUAGUGAAUGUAACAUGCAUAAUAACCACAGAGCCAUUUUCAAUACUAAGCAAUAUUUUAUUAUAUAUUUCAACAUUCUUCAUGAAGUUGAAUAUUUACAUUUUACUUUUACAUGUAAAAUGUAAAUGUAGCCAUGAUGUAUACUACAGAUUUUCACAAAUCUAUUACCGUAUGAAUGAAUAUCCAAAGAAAAUACCAGUAUAUCAAUGAAUAUUAAUGUGCAUGGUCGUCAUUUCAACCAUCUUUCAUUCACUAUUCAUUGGCAAAAUUUAAACAUAAUAUCCACGGUUCAUUCACAGUCCUCAGUCUCACAGCAAAUCUUUUGAAAACACCAUGAUUUUGGAAUCUUACGGCGCGGUAGCAAACUGCAUAGCAAAGCCAUAGGUCUGUGUUUACCCUGUUCAUGACGAAAUUUGUUUCCAGAAUGGUAUGGCAUGUGCUAUUCUCAGGGUAAAACACAACAUUGUCUCACGGAAACCAUUGCACAAUGCGCAUGGGACAGGAUUUGCGCUAUUUCAAAAUUUUUGUUGUUGUGUUUUUGUUUUAUGGGCAGAGGCUCAACAGGGGGCACAAAACCAAAAAGAGGGUCUACAUAAAUCACGACUCUGGAUAGUGGUUGUCCACAAAGGAUGUCUGCACAAGAAUCUUACCUUUUGCUGAUGUCCACCAUCAUUUUUUUUUACUAAUUUGUAAUGCCAAGAAAUGAAACUAUUAUCAAGAGCACAGAGUCAUUACAUUUAAAUUUCUAAAAUCAGUAUAAUACAAAGGUCCAUCCAUUUAUUAAUUAUGCACUAUGUGGGGAGGAGGAGGCUGUUGAUUUUGGAUGUUUUGCAUACUGCUGCAUAUAGCGUUUGGGGGAAGGGAUGUGGGUUCGGCAGAAAGAACGUACAUUUAAUAAUUAUCCUGAAUUUGUGACACUCUAAUACAUCUAAUAAAGCCAACGUUAACCUAAAAUCUGUGAUAUUUAAUUAUUGUUAAAAGACUUUACAAAAUCACUGCAGUGUUUCGAAUUUAUCAUCAUACUAUUGACAAUUGCUUGAUAUCACAAUUACAAUGCCUCGGGCAAAUUUAACUUCAAGAUCAAUGUACGUGAUUCUCUGCCGGUGACGUAUUUUGGCGUAAUUAUAUCUUGGAGUAAAUAAAGUAGAUACACUGGCUUCCCAUUCAUUUUUACACCACGCCCCGAGGGAUCACAUACAAUGUUAUAAUUAUAAUGCCCCCCCCCCUCUCCAAAGACAAAGAACUGUUAUGAAUAAGUUAUCACUAUCUUUUUCGAAAAUUAAAGACUCAGAUUUUUCUAUGUGGACUCAUAUUAACUAUACAAAUAUAAUAGUAAUCUCCCUUGCUUGACCAAAGGGCCUACAGGGUCACCAACUAAUGACAUAGAUUCUUUAAUAUAGUAAUUAAAUUUACUGUCACCAGGUGCCUUCUGAGGCAAUUCUUAGAUGCCAGAUUUUAAGAAUUUAUUUUUUAAAAAUCAUUUUUAAAAAAAAUUAGAUUGGUAAUGAUUUUAACUCUCUGUUGCCAUUAGCCCUACUGUUGCCUCCCUAAUACCUAAUAGUGCCUGACUACUAUGCUGGGCAGUGGCAUGUCAGUUGGAUAGUCACAUAUGAUGCUCGUUCAGGAUGCAGAGCAACUAAACUACAAUACAUUUGUCUGCUAACCAAUUCAACAUUGUAGGCCUAAAAGACAACUUCUGAGAUUUCCCUGUUGAACUUCAAUAAUUUUUUUAUAUUUUCCUUAUUUUAUGGACAUUAAAAAUUUUUAAUGGACAUCUAUGAAUACAAACAAUGCAUUUUGGGUCAAAUUUUUACGGACUGUCAGUAUUUAAUCUAAAGACGAUUAGCAACCCUGUUGGUAAGUUAGUGGGUGGUGCAAUGUUUAUAAAAUAUGGACUUAUUUAAGUCUCUUAAUAAUAAAUUGAAAAAUGUGUUUACUAUACAUCAAUUUUAAAAUGGUAACUGACUGGCUGUAUUUUAGAGUGUAUGACCAUUGACACAAGACUUGAAAUACUUCUUGGCAGAAGUUCACAAAAGACAAAUGCUGGCACCUAUAAUGGGAUUCACCUCAAAUGGUGGCUUAUCUAACAGAAGGAAAACUGCCACUACUAACCUCUGCUAACGUGAGGAAUCUAACCCCAUAGUGAAAUUCAACUGGGAAGAAGAGCCAAACAGAAAAUAUGACCAUGCAGACAACAAAAAUCCGUAGAUGGAGAAUGAGUAUGACAUUGCACAAAAGAAUUUAGAAGCUUUAGAGUCUUCUUAAACAUUUCUUGCCCUACUUGGCCAUUAAUAGUGGACCAUGAGCAAAACCCAAAUACAAUGUUGUUAAAAAAUGUUUAAAAAACAUCUUCAACAAUCAAGGAGAUUGAAUUAUUUUUAAAUACCACAAAAGCAAGAGAGUUAUAUCACUGCUCAAAUGGAGUAAAAGGAUGUAACGAUGGAAAUAAACUAUACAACCAGUAUACAUUUUUUUGUUAUAUAGUUAUAAAACUUAAAAUAAAUAAUGAUUUUUCUAUUACUAUUAAUAAAUAGUAAUGUUAAAUUUUUGAUCUAGUAUUUUUAGAAUGAGAUUGGAACAAAAUAAGACUUGCUUAUAUGACUUUAUUAAAACAUAAAAAAGUAUUAAACUAUCAAAAUUCGUACAUUGGAAAAUAUAAUUCAAUUAAUAAAAUAGUAAUAGUAAUAACCUCAUUGAAAACAAUAAGUAAGCAGAUAACGGUAGUUAUAGUAUUUAGAAAAAAAAAUUAAAUGUAUCUUUAUCUGUAAAUCUGGAGACAGUGGUAAAUGUAUCAUUAUCUUGAUGUGUUGAAACAAUAGUUUGCAAAAUUUGUAUGGUCUUGAACUUUUACGCACAUAAAUUCCAUAACUAUCACCAUGUAAUUAAUAAGGCCUCAUGUCCACUAUGUUGCAUACAUCUGCUCUAAGGGGCUAUUACUAUUUGUUCAUACCUCAGCCAUGUUGUGUUUGAGAAAGCAAUGCUUUUAUGCAAACUAUAUGAGAUGUCUUCUGUGACCUGAAUUUAAGGGGUUAGAAGAUAUGGCACAGGCUGUCAUUUAUUGUGUGAUAUAGUCCAUAGUACUUUAUCACAGCUGAGUUUUAUUUGCAGACCACAGACAUAAAUAUUUUUUUUUAUGUUUGAAUGCUGCUAGUGUAAGGGAUUCAAUUACUACUUAUCAUUAGUGAAGAACACAGUAUUGAAAAAACGUUUAAAAUAAAUUAUUGACCAAGAAAAUAAUUAUGUGCCAAUUUAAGACCUAAAGUCUUAAUAAAUGAUUGAACUACACAAGUUAAGCCUUACUUUGAUGAAAUUCUCAUUGCCUUUUUUUAAAAAUAUUAUGUUAUUCUCUUCUUGGUCUACCUGCUGGCAGUGUUUCUGUUAUCCAUACUUCUGUAUCUAUCAAUCACCAUUUCUGUUUACUAAAAUCUUGUUAGCUUGUUCCAAUAUCUUAAUUACCCGUAAUUUAAUUUUUUCAAAUUUAUUUUUACCAUUGAAUACCUGAUUGUUUGAACUCAUAAGAUCUAUUAACUUACAACUAAUGAACUGUAACAGUAAAAAAAAAAAAAAGAAAGAAAUAAUAGUACAGGUAUUAAUAAUAAUUUCAAACUAAAUCACAGUAUCAUAUUUUGAAAUCUUAAUGUAGUAGGUGAAAAAUAUUUUUUUCAUUUUCAUAGUUUUUUAUUAUAAGUAUACAGAUUGGUGUUGAAUACAUUGCUCACAAAAAAAUUAAGUACUGGGUAUACAUUAUAUUAAUUUAAAUAGCAGUUAAUUAAGUUAAGAGAAUAUCGACUUUGAUAUUUAUAUGUAUUAUUUGGUUGCAUCUUUUUAGUACCCUCCUUGUGAAUGCAGGAGCUGUACUGAAUUUUAAACUGUGAGUACAAAGUAUGCAAUAAAACAGAUUUUAUUAUAUGCAUUGAUGUUAUUAUUUUCUAGUUUCAUUAAAAUGAAAAGACACAUAUUUCGACUGAGAUUUUAAAAAAAUUAAUAAAUAAUGUAUUCACUACAUUAUUUCAUUCAAUUAUUCUUAAAUGCUUGCGUUUUCUUCUUCCUACUAUAAUUUAGAGUCAUUUAAAUUGUGUAUUAAAUCUAUAGUUUUUUAAACCAAAUUUAAUAACCAAUGACGUGCCAUUUCAGAAAGCGUUCACGAGAUGAAGAGGCAUUCAUGCCCAAAUUGGAAAGCACAACAGGUCAAUUUGUUUGUAUUUUUAAAAAACUUUAUCACAAGAAAUCCAAACAAUGGAUCACAAUCAAAUUUGACAUGGACAUUCCUCCUGAACUAUACAUGGUUCCUGGAAAAAUUGAUCCGAAUCCCUUUAACCCAAAACCAAUAAUUAAACAAUAGUUAAAUGUAUUGAGUAAAGAAUAAAUAAAAAAUUUUUAAUGGUUUCGGGGAACAUUCAAGUUAAGUUGUUUUUGAUGUAUACAUUUAUAAUAAGCCUUUAUUCAGAACGGUGUGUUUUCAAACAUCUAUUAAAGGAAGGUUUUCGAUGAGCUUUGGUGAAAAGUGCAAGCAUUUUAAAUAAAUCUUAAGCUUUAUUCUCUUUUUGCAGAACAGUAUGCUUUCAGAAAUAUUUGAAUUAAUUUUUUCAACAAAAAAAUAAUAAAUAUUAGCUUUUUUUAUUAGUCAUAUUCUUAAAUUAUACGGGAAAGCGUUUUGUGCCAUUUUAAUGAAAUACAGAUUGAAAUGCAUGGUAUUGCACGGUACCAUCAUUGAGGGUUCUUUUAAUAAUUUUUAUUACCAACUUUAUAAUACAGAUGUGUGUUAUAAAAUUAUAAGGGAGAAUCCCAAGUUUUUGAUUUAGCUCCAAAUCAGCAUUUAGUACAACUAUGUCUCUGAAUGGGUGGGGGCAUGCAAUGUAUGAUAGGCACAAUUUUUUACCUAUGGAACAAUUUCAGUCCAUAGUAGAUUGCCAUAAUUAAAAUAAAUUGUUCACAUGUACCAUAAGCUUCUUGAAUGCCAUCAUAAUAAGUUUGUGUCUAAAUUUGUUUCUGGCAUCAGGAAAUAACAUGGUGGUGUUACAGUUAAAAACAGUACCAACACUGAACAAUGAAAAAUCAUAAAACGUCAUACAAGUAUUCAUCAUUAUGUGAAUGAUGAUUUUUAAUUAGAUUCUUUUACUUAGCUUACUAUACAAGUUUCUAUGUAAAUUUUUGCAUCUAGGUCAACUCGGUAAACAUACAUUUCAUAAUCCCUAUUAAAAUAUCAUUGCAUUUCAAACUAAUAAAUGUCCACAUCUUUUUGUGCAGGGGUCCCAAUUCUAGUUUGAAUGAAAUGCUUUAUCUUUGGCAUCUUUUAUGCAAUUAAAGUGGGACAUUUUUUAAAAUAAGUUUGUUUGUUAUCCAACCUAAAAUACUUGACAUAUUUUAAAUGUUAGAUUUGGUUUUAAAUCGUGGUUUUUGGCUGAGUCCAGCUUGAAUAUACUAAUGAAAUGGGAUGGGGCCCAAAUUCAAUGUUUAUAAGAAUUAAUAUAAAUCAGGCUUUUUAUAAGGAGAACAUUUUUAAUUUUAAUUGGUACUUCAGCUCAGUUUUUUAUACAAGGCCUUUAAUUUAGGCUUUAGAAUUUGUUUUUUUUCCAAAUACAAACCCGGACAAAGACCGAUUUAUUGGCUAGUAGUUUAUAAAGAUAAAAGAUUUUAAUGGAAUUUAAACAGGUAAUCUUAAGUGAUAAUAAAAAAUACAGUGGUUAGUAACUACUUUUUGCUUUUUUAAGUCUAUAAAGAUAUUAUUAAUGAAACAUGGAGAAUUACACUUUUAGUUCUUACAAGUUUUAUAAUUUAGUACAGUACAUGGACAGAAUUAUGACAAUUUAAUUUUUUUUUUUUUUAAAUUCUACCAUUAACUUCCAUUUUCUCUUUUGUCACAGGAGAUAAAAUCAGAGAAUUUUUGCUGAGUCUGAGACACCUGAGGAUCUUUAUUGCACUUUGGAAUAUCUUUAUCAUGUUUCUUAUGUUGGUGUAAGUAUCUCAGAGCUUCUGAUAAAAUUAUAUAUUUUGAUUUGAUGUUAUUUGAAAUGUCUUUACAAAUUCAUACAUCAUUUUCUGUGGUGUAGUCAGGUUAUUGUAUGGUAAUAAAUGACGGCAUGGAGUAAAAACAAAUCCUGCCCUGCCAAACAAUGCCCUGCCAAACUAUCCCCUGCCAAACAAUCCUCUGCCAAACAAUCCUCUGCCUAACAAUCCCCUGCCAAACAAUCCCCUGCCAAACAAUGCCCUGCCAAACAAUUCCCUGCCAAACAAUGCCCUGCCAAACAAUCCCCUGCCAAACAAUGCCCUGCCAAACAAUCCCCUGCCAAACAAUCCCCUGCCAAAUAAUGCCCUGCGAAAUAAUGCCCUGCCAAACAAUCCCUUGCCAAAUAAUCCCCUGCCAAACAAUGCCCUGCCAAACAAUGCCCUGCCAAACAAUCCCCUGCCAAACAAUGCCCUGCCAAACAAUCCCCUACCAAACAAUGCCCUGCCAAACAAUGCCCUGCCAAACAAUCUCCUGCCAAACAAUGCCCUGCCAAACAAUCCCCUGCCAAACAAUACCCUGCCAAACAAUCCCCUGCCAAACAAUCCCCUGCCAAACAAUCCCCUGCCAAACAAUCCCCUGCCAAACAAUCCCCUGCCAAACAAUACCCUGCCAAACAAUGCCCUGCCAAACAAUGCCCUGCCAAACAAUCCCCUACCAAACAAUACCCUGCCAAACAAUCCCCUGCCAAACAAUCCCCUGCCAAACAAUCCCCUGCCAAACAAUGCCCUGCCAAACAAUCCCCUGCCAAACAAUCCCCUGCCAAACAAUGCCCUGCCAAACAAUGCCCUGCCAAACAAUGCCCUGCCAAACAAUGCCCUGCCAAACGAUCCCCUCCCAAACAACCCCCUCCCAAACAAUGCCCUACCAAACAAUGCCCUGCCAAACAAUGCCCUGCCAAACAAUCCCCAGCCAAACAAUCCCCUGCCAAACAAUCCCCUGCCAAACAAUGCCCUGCCAAACAAUCCCCUGCCAAACAAUGCCCUGCCAAACAAUCCCCUGCCAAACAAUCCCCUGCCAAACAAUCCCCUGCCAAACAAUCCCCUGCCAAACAAUCCCCUGCCAAACAAUCCCCUGCCAAACAAUCCCCUGCCAAACAAUGCCCUGCCAAACAAUGCCCUGCCAAACAAUGCCCCGCCAAACAAUGCCCCGCCAAACAAUGCCCUGCCAAACAACCCCCUCCCAAACAAUCCCCUGCCAAACAACCCCCUGCCAAACAAUGCCCUGUCAAACAAUGCCCUGCCAAACAAUCCCCUGCCAAACAAUGCCCUGCCAAACAAUGCCCUGCCAAACAAUGCCCUGCCAAACAAUGCCCUGCCAAACAACCCCCUGCCAAACAAUGCCCCGCCAAACAAUGCCCCGCCAAACAAUGCCCUGCCAAACAAUGCCCUGCCAAACAACCCCCUCCCAAACAAUCCCCUGCCAAACAAUCCCUUGACAAACAAUCCCCUGCCAAAUAAUGCCCUGCCAAAUAUGUUUCUGAAAUAAUUCAACACCAGAGAGCCAUAUACCCCAACCCAAAACCCUCUCCCUCUGGAUUCUAUCAUGUCAUUCUAUUAUGGUUCACUCUUUGUACUUCAUAUAUUCAUUUAAUUCUAUAUUCCUCAGAUUUUUCAGCCAUUGAUAGUGAUGUGUUUUGAACACCAAUCAGAACUAAAGCCUUUUACUGUCUUUAAGAAAGAGCUGACCAUGUAAAUUAUAGCUAUCUUUGUCAAUCACAAAAUUGUCUGGAGAUGAGCUGCAGUGAUCUAUCUUGUUUUUGGUCAUCUUAAAAUACAUUGAAAUUGAUUGCACUGAAGUCGAUCUAUGCAGUGAAGUUUGUAUAUAUUUAUUUGUAAAUAAAAUGAUUAACAUUGGGGCAAGACUGAUGGGCUUUAUAAAUAAACAUUUUGUUUUUUGUGAUUAUUAAGAGGAUAUGGCUAGUAACCAGUACCGUAGUGACUGUGGUCUUGUGCGUCAAUCUCUGCCAACUAUAAAAAAUCUACCAGGAAGCUUCAUACCAUUCAGAAAUGAUAUUAAGUAUUGCAGUGAUGGGGUUAUAUUGUGAGGUCUACACCUGGAAGCUCAAUUUAACUUUUAAAAACAUAUUGGCUGUGCUCAACAAAAAAUCAUGGUCAAACAACGUAAGUGCAUAGGAAACCAUAAGAAAUCUUGGCUGAGCCAUUAAAGAUGGGCGGUAAUUCACUAAAAUGUUAGUACCUUUAAUUAAGCUUUGAGGUGGCUCGCAUUAUCUCCCCUCAACAAUUAACUCCCCAAUUUUAGUUGUAGAUGUCUUAAAAUCACUUUGAUAAAAAAAGCCAUAUUUUUGUUACAAUAAUGUUUGUUAAUAUUGGCCCAUGUUAUAAAUUCAAGUUCCUACUUUCUCUCAUAUCAAAUAAAUACAUCACCUAAAUACAAAGUAACCACCAAAAAAAAAAAAGAAACAGGUUUUAAAAAAAGUUUUUUUGAUCAGAAUAACUCAAUGUUUAGAAAUAUGAUUUACACAUCUAUGUGAUCUACACAUCUAUGUGAUGUACUCAUUUAUGUGAUGUACACAUUUAUGUGAUGUACACAUUUAUGUGAUGUACACAUUUAUGUGAUUACACAUUUAUGUGAUUUACACAUUUAUGUGAUGUAACACAUUUGUUUUCUUAGAAUGUCAUCUGUAACAUUUACUGGAUUCGAUUUUAACGAUUGAUAUAAAAUUUAAAGAAAGCAAUUGUUGACAUCUAUCCAUCACCCAGUACACCAUUGCAAUGUUAUGAUUAACUUUGUAUUUAUAAUUUGUAAGGAAUCCUAGUAAUUCAUCACAUUGUAAAUGUAAUGAAAAUCUGGGACUUGAUUUGGGUGAUGAAAAAUUUUCCUUAUAGUCCUUGAUUGUUUGGAGCAAAUAACUAUCAGAAAACCAGCAUAAUUCUUAGUGCAUGUUUUACUUAGCAUUGAAAGGUUACAAAAGAUUUAAAAUCUAAAUUUAAGACGAUGGAGAUUUUUUUUUUUUUUUAAACAAAAUAUUUCUUAAUGCUUUAUUAUACUUGCUUUAUUAAAAUAUUCAUCGUUUUUUUAAUACCUUCGGACCAAAUGAGUUUAAAAUAAAAUUUUUGUAUGACCGCUGUACAUUUCUGGGUUAAAGUUGCUGCUUCUGUUCUAUUGUGUAUGACAUUUGCAUCCAUAGUCUUGAUGACAUGUUGAAAUAAAUUAUUCAAUGUACACACAGUU